AUCAAGAGAAAGAUCAUCUUCAAGCACUACAUACUAAGGCCGAAUAUCACUGUUCCAGCCGGUCUUCCGAAACAGUCAGUGUCCUUUACCGCAAUAAACCUGCUGACUAUUUCAAGCAACUUGUAAAUAAAACCAUGAUGCCACAACUGAAGGACAACGGCGGGGAUCCACGCUGUCCCAUAAACGGGAGACUGAAAGGUGUGUUCUUCGGGGUGACCCCUUGGAACGGUCGGCUACCAACUAAAUCCCCAUUCGGAGACACCAGAGUGGUGGUGCCCCUAAAGAGACUCUUUGAUGACUCUGCCAGGCUGUACUUCGCCGAUUUCUACUGUAUGAAAGAUCAAAGGAAGAAUCACUACGUCAUAUUGGUCCUUACAAAGAAGGAUACAAAAGCUGACAACUUCUGUGAGAAGCACCUCAUUCGUUUGGAUGAACGAACCAACGUGUUCCUGAGGAAAGAAGAAAGCACCUAUAAAACUCUCCGGCAGGGCAACGUAUGGGUUGAAGUCUUCUAUACAGAUGAAGUGGAUAUAUUGGGGCUGGAGCAGUACAGGAGGCAUAAGUAAAACACCUAAUUGUAAAAUAUGCAAUGUAGAUCCACAGACUGAUGUCCCUGACCUUCAGAAAACAAUGUCAAUGCUUAAAUUAGAAAAUUAGAAAGGACAAGGACAGAUCAAUCUGAAAAGUGAAUACAAGAACCAUGUGUGUACAUGAUAACCAACAUUUGGCUUUAUGCUUUACUAUAGGGGUAACAUUGUUUGAGAUAUUGAAGGUACUUUUUAUAAAUAGUUAUUUUAUUGAUUUGUUUCUGAAUAAAUGUUGCUACAUACUCUGAAAGUGAACAUAUGUGAACAUUAGUGAAGUGCUGUCUGUAUCGCUGUAUUGCUGAAUCACGCUAAAAGAAAUGUCUUUUGAAGGUGGUUGUCCAGAUCGUUGUCACUGCUGUGCCAUUGAAUCAUCAACAAGACACUAUCAAUGUCUAUCAAUAUAACGUUUUGUAGAUCCAUAGUAAUUCACUAUUUGUAAUGUAACCUAUUGCCUUUAACAUGAUUCACUGUUUGGAACAUAAAUUCCUGCUUUUUGCAACAUCUGGGUAAUGUAUAUGUAUAAUUCUAAUGUAUAUGGUCUGGCGGCCUUUUGUACAAUAAACAUCUUUGACUUUGA